GCCCUCAAAGGCGCUGUCCGCGUUGCUUGUCAGAAUUGUAGGAAGCAGUUAGAGUCAUGAGUCAGCCUCAGCCCAUCGAGAUGAUAAUUCACAAAUAAAACACAACCUCCUGCGACAAGAUGGGCUCCGACGAGGAGGAGGACAAGAAAAAGAAGAAGAAGAAGGACAAAAAGGAAAAGUCCAACUCCUCCAGCGAGGACGCCAACAACAAGAGCAGCACGGACAACGAGGGCGCGGACGACAAGAAGAAGAAAAAAAAGAAGAAGUCCAAGGACAAGUCGGAGGACGCGGUUGCUAUAUGCUCGUGGACGAUUCCCUUUUCUCAUCCUCAUUUCAAUCGCAUGCGCAGCGAACACAAGGAACGCCUUAAGUGUAGUAUCCGCAUGACAAAUCCGCAGGGGCAUGUUCGGGUGUUCCGGGCAGUGCAUAGUGCACCCCUCGGACCCCGCACCCCCCCGGGCUUUAGUAGCGCAGUCUGUUAAGCAUGACAAAUCCGCACACAAUUUUUUUAUUGUUUCUUGGGAUUCAUUCGAAAUUCGUCAUGCGCAGAGUGCUUAAACGCAAGACGUGAGUUUGGUACUUCGCAUUAUACAAACAAGUUGGAGCUGCAUGCCGGAGUUGUCCACUUGCAUACGGCAAAGAGGGCGACCAUAAAGCCGACGACGCGGAAGACGGGGCGGCGGCGGACGACGCGACACCCGCGGCAGCAGGGGAGGAUCAGGCGGGGGCAGCAGGGGAGAAGGAGGCAGCAGCGGAUGCGGGAGAAGCGGAGAAGAACGAAGCAGCCGGGGAACUACAAGAAGGCGCCGCGAAAGAGGACGGUGGACCAGAGGAACCACCCGCUGACGGGGAUGCUAAGGCGGAGGGAGCAGAAGAUGGUAGUAAAGCAGGAGCAGAUCAGGCUGGGGAUGAUGCCGCAGUGGCAGGAGCAGAUUCCGCAGGGAAGAAAGAGGAAGGAGAAGCUGGGACCGCAGAAGCAAAGCCUGCAGAUGGUGGGGGAAACGAUGCUGAGACCAACGACGACGACAAGCCGUGCGGGGAAAAGCCACCUGGAUCGGACGACGAGAAAAAGAAUGCAGAAUCCAGCUCAGGAGCCGACGAGAUGAAAAAAGACGACACAGAGGGACAAACCAAUCCGGGCGACAAGGAUGCUGAAGCGGCAAAAAUAGAAUCAGAAGCGCCGUUGAACUCCACGAAUGUAGUCGCUGAAGAGACGACGAAAUCCGACGACGAGCCGAUUCAGCGACGAGACAAAUUCGGGAACGUUCUGCCCGACAAUGUUAAGGAAGAAGACCUGGAAGAGAAGCCCUCCUUCAGCCCGCGGUCCCCGAAGCCGGUCGCUGUCGAGCGCGGGUCCCCGCGACCCAUGUCACCCGGCCGCUACAGCCGCGACCCGGAAGCCGGUGGCGUUGGCUACCGGUCGAGGGUUGCCGCGAUUACCGGCAAGGACCCGGAUCUGGAAGACCCGAUUCUCGGCGGGAGCACCACCCAAGACCCGGAGGUCGCGAAGUUCCUCGAGGGCGUCAGCGCCGAAAUCAAUUUCACCGACAAGACCGUGAACGUGGAGCCCAGCAGCGCCUUCAUGGGCAGCGGCGGGGGGAUAAACAGCAAGUCCAGCGGCGAGCCGCCGAUGAUGGACUUUUUGCGGAACAGCAACCCAGCACCAGCCGGGGCGCUCGUCCCUGGCUUUGUUCCAAACUAUCUCGCUGCCGCCGGCGCGCAACCCGUGAUCACGUCCGCGCGGUCAAACAAGUUCGCAGACGUCGAGGUCGCGAUGCCGCACAAUCUGGUUCCCGGACAGCGGUACGACCAGGUCGAGCCCCGGGUGUACGACCACGAUUAUUCGCCGCAGAAGCACGCUCCGGAGAAGGCGCACUGGUCCCAGCAAUUCGUGAACAACCUGCGAAAAUCCGACGAGGACCUGCUGAAACCUAUCGUAUUUAAAAAUGUCCCCACACCAUAGUUGUAAUGCAAAUCUGCAUGCUGAAAAUGUUUCUCAUGCGGAGCCCUAUGAGAAGCAUUUUCCAGUCGUGUUUUGGAAUUUGUCAUGCUCCAAGCAGCAUGAUGUACUAGAUCUGUGAUGCUGCUGCGCUAGGUCAAACAGCACUACACUACGAGUCCAAAUUUGUCAUGCAAAACAGCCAAACCUUGUGGAUUUGUCUAGCCGAUUCCCCAUCUUGACUUUGGGGUGGGGACGUUUUUACAUAGGAUAAAACCCCUUCCCACCGGCGUGGCGGGCGCAGCGGCUGCGUCCUCCAGUGCGAUGCACCACGCGAAGUCGCCGACACAACUUCUGCUCGCCCCGGGGGCCGCGAGCGGCGCCGAAGCCCCGACGAAGUACGUGCUGAACCCGGCGUUUUUGCCGCUGGGCGACAUGAUCGACAGUGUCAUCCGGCAGUUCAAAAACUGGCUGCGGUUGAACGACCAAAAGCUCACCCGCGCGGAGGAAAAAGUCGUCGAGUCGAUCGUGAAAGGGUUGUCGAUGAAGCUGACCCAGGUGGAGUUUGAACCAAUCUCCGACAAGAAGGCCCAACUCAACCACGUGUCGGCGGUCAUGGGUACGGUCGGCGGCGUCCCCGCCGGCAUGGGCGUCGGCAUCACGGCACCGACGGUCGCGGCGAACGGCAAGAAGUUGCUCCCGCCGCUGGGCACGAACAACGGGGAGAUCGAGAAGCGGAAAGAGGAACUGUCGCAAAAAAUCGCGUCCCGCGAAAUCAUCCAGUGCUUGCGAAAACCCAUGAAAAGAAUGGAACCGAAGAUCUACGAGCGGAUCCGAAGGGGGUUAACGGAAACCUUUUGCUACUUCGCAAGGUCUAUCCUGUGCAAAAUGAAGGAUGUGGCAGUGGUAAGGAGUCGAAAUUUGCAGUGCAACGGUCCUACCUGUAUGAAUACUUAUUCGGUCCUACCUGCUACAAUUUUCAGUUUGGUUCGUCCUGAAAUUGAAAUUUUUGCUGCAAAAAUUCUUACUAGUACGAUGCUUUUUCUUCUGCACUGCAUACCGUCAGACGUGAACUACGACCCGUAUUCCCCGGCAAAGUGGAUUUCCGCCCGGCAGUGGGUGAUGUUUGUUCGCUGCUUCGAAGUCUCCGCGAUCACCGGGAUCUCGCACGAGGAUUUGUGCGAGAAAUUUGGGCCGCGGAAGGAGCCCAUCGAAUUCGUCGACUUCAUGCAGAUGGUCAGCGACAUUGGACGAAAAACCAUGGAGUUGCUGCAUCGGAAAUCCUUUGACGAGUUGAACAUCUACCAUGAAGAGCCCAAGACCUGUGCACUGUACCGGUUCACGGAGGUAUUAUUUGUUUUUUUUCGAGCGUUUUAUUGCGGUGCAUUUCCAUUAAACUGUUCAUGUUCUGCUUUUGUUUCUGUAUGCGAUGAAUCCAUGGUGCAGUACUAAAACAACUGCGCCCUCCUGUUUUCACGUAGUUAUCACGCAUAUACAGACUCAUCUUGUUAAAAUACAAGGUUUUCGGUUUCCACGACGCGAAAAAUUCGUUUCGGCAAUUCCUCCGUGGCAGGGAGAAAAUCCGGACGAAGAGCCGCACAAAGGGCAAAUCCCCCGCGACGUCCGAGGGCCCGGUCCCGCCCGGCUCCCAAGUCCCCAUUUCGGUCGCGAAGAAGAAGGCGUCCCCGCGGGACCCCAACGUCUUUCCGCCGACGUUGCCCCCAAGACCACCGGCGCAGGACACCCGGCCGAAGCACGCGCACAAGCACCUAGCGCAGCACAGAGGGCGGGCGUAUCUAGCCGCCCGGGGGGAUCAGUCUAACGCCAGUUCGGCUUUGGAUCGAGAUUUCGACGUCAGCAGCAUCGGAACGUUCGUGCACCCGCCGCAGAUGCCGAUGCACCAGCCGGGCGCGCCGGCGGGAAUGUCGCCGUCGAUGAUGCACCAGCGUAAUAUGAACAUGAUGCAGCCCGCCCCGACGUCGCAACUACAGCAGCCACAAGUCCUCGUGAGCGGUUCUUCGAAAAAAUCCAACUAUUCGCACAACAAUUUGAAUUUUCCUCAGCAGCACCACAGCAUGCUGCAGCAACCGUCGGUCGUGCAACAGCAGCAAACCUCGGCCUCGCCCGGCGCGGAGACCACCCUGCCGCCGAUCGUUUCUCCGCAGAUGCAACAGCUGUAUUCCCUGCAGCAGGAGCAAAUCAUGAACAACCUGAUUCUCCAGCAACGGCAAAUCGUCGCGCUGGCGCAGCAGCAGGCCGCUUCGUUGUCCCCCAAAGCGGCGAACGCGUUGUCCGGCGGCAUUGUGAGCUUAUCCAACCCGCUGUCCGCGGUACAAAGCAAAAACUCCGCGGUGCAGCUCGACCUUGAUCCGAAAGCCACGAAGGAGGACGCGAGUUUUCUGAUUCCCAAACCAACAGCCAGCGGAGUGAACAUCCCAUCAUCAGGGACCACAACGGCCGCCCCAGCGGGAAUAAACGCCACGCCGAGUGUGGUCGUGAGUGCAGGAGCUGGUGCUCCGGUAUCUGUAGUUGCGGAGAACAAGGCCGAAGAGCAAGUAGGACCUGGAACUGGAGCGGGAGUAGACGAUGAAGCAGCGUAUGACCCGGAUGACGAGAAUUACUUCGUAGGAGAAGACGGCUAUUGGUACUACUACGAUGUGAAUACCGGCGAGUCAGUGUACGUAGAAACGAGUGAUGUGCCCGCAAGAUUGCGCGGAGAGGAGGGGGACGCGGGUGAUGCAGGUGCCAAACGUAUAGUGGGUCAUACAUAAGGAAGUUGCUGAAAUUUGAUGUAUUCCAUGAAUUAGAUGUAUUGCUGCAUCGAAAGCUAAACGAGGCGUGUGACGAACAUGAUGCGUGUUAACAUAAAUAGCAGUGUUUCCAAAAUUUUCCAAUCAGUCGCGGAGGAGGAUACCUGGGCGGAGCAAGGUGAGACUUGGGCGGAGCCAGGCGAGGAAGCAGAGUGGAACCCAGCCGACGGGGAGUGGGAUGAAAACGCAGCCGCUGAAGGGGAAUGGCCGGCGGACGAGAACUGGGAACAAAGUGCCGCCGGCGCGGGCGAGGACGACUGGGGCGGUGAAGCGGAACAAGCUGCGGCACCGGCAGUGCAGUAUGACGAGGAAGGAGGGUACUACGAUGCGGAGGGCGGGUACUACGACGCCGCGGGGAACUACUACGACCCUGAGGGCAAUAUGUACGCCGCGGGAACGUAUUAGAGGAUGGAAAGGAAUUGAUUUGAGCAAUGAUUUGAAAAUGUGAGUAGAAAUAUUUUUAAUGAUGACUUUUCAACUUAAGCAGGUAUCGUACUAUCAUUCAGGUCAAUCAGACGCAUGAUGAACAGGAUCGGUUUAUCACUUCAACUUGGAAUAGAAAUACAAGAACUUAUGAUCGUGGGUUUUAGAUAUUCUUCGCACAACACUGAUUUGCAAUCUUUACGCUGCUGUAGCUGUUGCCAAGAGAAGGGUUAAUGCAAGAAAAAUGCAGCUCGGAAACGGAAAAGUCGUUGAGCCAGGCGGUACUUCCCGCGGGGGAGCGUUGAGACAAAAAGUUGGCAAGCGGCAAAUCGUAACAGUACCUUUUAGACCGUAUUUCUAAUUAGUGAGCACUCUCCUGGACUCUCUUUCCCUUUGUUUCUUCCAUUUUUACCAGUUCGUAUGGCAGUAGUACCGUCACAGAGUUUUACAUCACCUUGUUUAUAAUACCAUACUUGCGCAUUGACGACGUUGUCACAUUCCAAACCUGUACAGCUAAGAAAGUUCUCUGCAGUAUUGUGAAACUUGAUUCUGUUGCUUGUCCAUCAU